AUGACAGCGAAGAAGAAGACCGAUAUAGUAACACACCAAGGAGAAACAUCAUACUGCACAAUCACCGAAAACGAAGAGAAAUGCAUAUACGGACAAACUACCCAGCUGCUCCUUCAACCGAUCGGACAAGAAGCUUGUCUCCUACUCAAAAACAAGGAAAACCGAAUCAUGGCAACAGUUUCCAUCCGACUGAAACAAAUCUCUCACAUCUGUAAACAGAAAACCGAAUAUUUCACAAGAGAUUACGAGUUCUUCACGGAAUCCCGACAUCAGUGCUAUAACACUGAAAGCUGCAGAGGUAACACCUGCGCGUCACUCAAACCGGAGAUGAAACUACACGACUUCAGUAUGAUUGCAAAGGCAAAUCCGGAUACACAUACUGUGUACCAAGCUGUGGAUGCUUUUGGUGCGACUGUACCUACAUCAUCCACAAUAUACAGGGUCUUUUCAUGCCCCACAUGGAGCAUUCAAGCAGAGGGAACACGCCAGGAAUUCACAUGGAAUAACCUUCGACCAACCUUUGCAAGUACCAUUGUGCCGAAUCUUCCGAUUCUAUCAAGCUAUUUCAUAACGGACGGCAACAUCGUGACGCGAAUCGAACCAUCUCAGCAAGGACAACUUCUACCAAACUCCGCCGGUCAGUUACAAUGUAAAACAGAAGAAGAAGCAAAGUCUUUUGGGAGCUGCAUUUUCGCACAAUAUGCAUGUUCCUGUAACCCAAGAAAAUACGCGGUCACAUGCUCCUGUCCAAAUGGGACAACGUCGUCAUUUCUGCACAAUAAACAUAAUAAGCUUCCAGUAAUUACAGGUCAAGCAGCACUGAUAAAUGAGCGGCAAACCAUUAAGGCAAAAACAACAAUCGACUCUGCGCUCACAAUUCAGAUAUCAACGAACGAACUAGUCAUUGCUGCUAGCAUCAACAACAAUUCAUGUCAAGUACAUAUGGAGGAGCUGACAGGAUGCUAUUCCUGCACACAGGGAGCGAUUGCUAAUGUCUCGUGCACGUCAUCAGUAAGUGAAGAAACGGCACACUGA